AUGAGAUUGCUCGGACAAUUGCAGCAAUUGGCGAUCAGGAAGAAAAAUAUUAAACAGCUCGUAACCAGAUCGAUGCUGAUUGGAGAUUUCAGGCAAGCAGGAAAAGUGGUACCGUUGAAACCAUCGAAAACCACCAUCUGCUACUUUGUGGGGGCAGCCUACGCUUCGACUUUGGGAGGAUGCGGUACCAUCGUUGGAUCCGGAACCAAUCUGACCUUCAAGGGCAUCUACGAGAGCCGCUUCCCAACCGCGCCCGGAAUCGAUUUUCCCAAAUUCAUGUUCUACAACGUGCCCGGAAUGUUGAUCUACACAUUCCUGACCUGGGCCUAUCUGCAGUGGCUCUACAUGGGUAUGUUCCGACCAAACAGCCCCGAGGCAAAGGCGGCAGAAAUCGGAAAAGAAGGUGAAGCCGUUGCCCGUCGGGUUAUCGAGACCCGCUAUCAGGAACUUGGACCGAUGAGCUCCCACGAAAAGAGUGUCGCAUUUUUGUUUGUCGUUGCCGUUGUGCUGUUCUUUACCCGGGAACCCGGUUUCAUUACCGGUUGGGCAGAUUUGCUACCGGCAGUUAAAAUUAAGGAUGCAACUCCAGCCAUGUUCGUCGUUAUAGUAUUCUUCAUGAUUCCUGCCAACUGGAGGUGUUUGAAGUUCCUCAGGAGAAAUCCCGGUCGGCUACCAAACGAAGCCACGCCAGGGUUAAUUACAUGGAAGUACAUCAAUCAGAAGGUUCCAUGGAGUCUGAUUUUCCUGUUGGGUGGUGGAUUUGCUUUGGCGGAAGGAGGCCGAGUAUCCGGAAUGUCCCAACUGCUGGGUCAAUCGCUAUCCGGACUGAAAACCUUGCCCCCGCUACUGCUUCUGUUCGUAGUUUGUCUUACUGCACAAAUUCUUACCGAAUUUACCUCCAAUGUUGCUAUCUGUAAUAUUAUGCUGCCAGUACUGGCAGAAAUGGCGAUCGCAAUCGAACUUCAUCCCCUGUAUCUGAUGUUGCCAGCCGCGUUAUCCUGCAGUUUUGCCUUCCACAUGCCCGUGGGAACUCCUCCGAAUGCCAUCGUGGCUGGUGUUGGCAACAUUGCCAUCAAGGACAUGGCCGUGGCCGGCAUUGGACCAACGAUAUUCACGCUCAUUGUGGUUUGGGCCAGUUUUCCGACCUGGGGAGCGAUCGUAUAUCCGGAGCUGGCCACAUUCCCAGACUGGGCUCGACCGAUGAAUGCGACAGCAACCUGAAUGGAAGGAUUCUUUAAAAGCUACUGAUUACCAUAAUGAUUUUCGCAUCGGAUGUGAAGCAGCCCCAAUACAUAUUUGAACCAAAUUUUGUGCCAAAAAAAUCAGAAUAUAUUUUUGCGAUAGUUAAUUAUUUAGUUAAAUUUUCGAAAGCUGCGAGAGAGAAAAAUAAUGAAAAAAGUGAUCAAAUGGUUUGUGAUGUUUCUGAAACGCAUACAAGGUUUCGAAAAAAAAAAUCAAACAUUGUUCUAAAAUAUUUCUUGAACAAUCAAACUCAAAGUAACUGAUUCUUUAUCAAUGAGCAUUUGUUUUUCUAGAAUUUAAACUUUCUCGCAAACAUGCAUAUCAACUGAUAAAAUCAACGUAUUACUAGCUUGCGUAUGGUUCGGUUUAUACUCAUCAAUCGAGUUCAGUUUUAAAACAAUAGUUUAACUCAAUAACAAUUAUCGAAACCUUCUUGACGUCUUCCAGUGUGUUGCAGAGCGUACUCAGUAAAAUGUUAAACAAACUGUAUGUAGCUGUUGGUAGCUGGCACAAUAACAAAAAUGUUGAAAUAAUGCACAAAGUUUGAACGAAAAGUAUAGGACAUAAAGUUCGGAUUCUGUGUGAUGGUGACUUAACGAAACCAAUCGAAAUAGAUGACAAUUGUUGAUAAAAUACUACUUACGGUAGACACUAGAUUAGUUAAUAAACAAA